AUGUAACAAGGUAUUUACAUUUCUGAUCCUGCCGAAUACUUAUAGAAAAUGAAAGAGCACAAAAAGAUUUUACUAGUAAAAUAGGAUAUUUUUGGCUUCCAACUUUAUGAUAUUUCAUUACAUAAGAAAGGUCCAAUGGAGGACAAGCUAUACCUCAAAAAUCCUUUCUUCCUAGCGAAUGUUAGAAGAGGCAAUUCAAUUUUAGUACAUGAAGAUUCUAUCCGCAUCUGCAGAAGAGGAAUGCGAAAGUUCUACGAUCUUGAAAGGAAGUACAUUGAUUAUGAAUUGGAAUAAUAAAAUGUUAAAUUGUCGAGGUAUCAUGAGAAAGCAUGUUUUAAUAUUUUGCAUCCCAUCAAACAAGCCAUUCAAGAAGGGAAAAAGAUUCAUUUGUACAAAUUAUUCAAAGAAAAUGGUGAACACUGUCAAAUUAGUUUUACAAAUGGAUAUUGGUUGGUGGCUAGUAAAAACUGCACAAUUCUCUUUCAAACAAUGGAUGAUCUAAAUUUAUAUAAUGAUUUAAGACAUACGUGGGCUAAAUUGAUUGCAAAAUAGUGGUUGGAAAUUAUUAAAGAAUAAAAUUUUGAUGAUUUAAAAUCCUUUCUUACUGAAAAUACUCUGAUAGGAGAGUAUUGUGGUAAUCCUGAUUAUCAGCACAUAACAAAGUACUCACACCUUCAACUCAUCUUUUAUGCCAUUGUUAAUAACAAUUCCCCAGAUAUUUGUUUACCAGUCGAGCAAACUAAGUAAAUUUGUGAAUAAUUUCAUUUGCAAUUCGUAAAAAAUUCAUCAAUCAAAAACUUUGAUAAUUAUGAAGCUGUCCUUAAACAAUUAGCAAUAUGGUCGAAACUCAUAGGAGAAGGGCCUAUGGAAUUAGAAGGAGAAGGAUCAGUUACUUAUAUUGUGGCUGAGGAUUAAAUCGGAAAUCACUAAACUAUAAGUCUUUGUAAAUUAAAGUCAAUGGAAUAUUUAAUAUAUAGAAAAUUAAGAGAAAUGUUGAAAGUAUUGAUCUAAAAGAUAACAUUGAAUGAGCAUUAUCAAUUAUCAGUCUAAUUAGGGAAAUUCCUGAAUGAAUUGCAAAUCAUCAUCAAACAAUAUGCACCACCAUAACCUAUAAGGUACUAUCUUCAUAUUUCAAAAUUGGCUUUUGAAGAAGUUUAUAACAAUAAAAUUCCCUUUGAAAAGAUAAGAUAUAAAUUUGUAGAUUUUCUAGAGUAAAUUCAAAAUAUGCAAGAGGACAAAAUGAGUGAAAUAGAUGAGUUAGGUGAGGUCAAAUAGAAGAACUUUUAACGUCAUGUAAGAGUGAUUCUAUUAACAUUGCCAAUGCUGUUUGAAGACAAAGUGUUGCAAAGUUUAAAAGAUAAUCUUAAUAUACAAUGUGUUGAAUGCUAAUAUAUGUGUAGAAAUCAAAAGGUAUUCGCAUAAAGAGCGAUCUCAAUUUUACAUAUGAUACCUAAAUUACCAUACAAUAUUAAUAAUGAAUAACAACUAAAUGAUUACUUAGUUAAUUCAACAUUAUAAAAUUAAGAACCCUCUAACAUCAUCUUUGUUUUCUUGGGUAUGAAUUAAGAAGCAUUCAAGAUAUCAUUACAGAAUUUAUAAUCUAAAAUAUUUUAAGACUCCAAUCCAAUUAUAAGUUCCUUUGGUGUUCAAUUUACAACUGCAAAACCAAAAGUAUAAUAGUUGAGUUUGGAGAGAUGGCUAGAAAAAGGCUAAGUAUAUUUGAAAGAGUGCUAGAAGAAUUUUCCAAAUAGAACCUUUGUUUUGGAAGAAUUUGACUUACAAAAGUUGGAGGCUAUAAUCAAAUAAUUUGAAUGUGCAGAAUAGCCAUAAAUAGAAGAUUAAGACGAUCUAGACUUAGAAGAAUCUGAUGAGGAUGUUAAGCCUUAAAAAAAAAUAGUAAUCAUCUAUCCAUUAAUGAUACCUGGUUCUGGCAAAUCUACCUUGGUUGACUAUUUAAAAUAGAAUUAUAAGGAUUAUCCUUUUUAUGACAUUUGUGCUGAUGAAGUCACACUUCAAUUAAUAAAAGAUAAGUUGGGAGACAACACAGAUUCAUUGGCAAUCUAAUUCCAAAAGGUGUUUAUGUAUAUCAAAGAUGCUUUUUUGCAAGAAUUCCAUAAAAAGAUUAAUGAAAUUAUCAAUUCCAAUAAUGAAAAGGCUGUGUUGUUCGUCGAUCGAAAUUGUGUUCCUCACACUCUAUUAUAUAUGAUCGAUCAUGUGAAAGCUAUUUAGACUGACAUUGCUCUCAAGAAAGGAGUUUCUAUCAAAAUCUACAACGUGGGAUUCACUUUUCCUGUGUAGGAGAGCAAUAUUUAAAACACACCCUUUUGUUAUGAUUAUGCAAUCACUAUCCUAAAUCGUUUAUUGGUUAGAGACGAUCAUAUUCUAUUGGGGAAUGAUGUUCUUUAUAAAACUUAAGUUUGCAUGAAAAACCUCGCACUGUACACAGGAUUCAAAGCGAAAGAUUCAUACUUUCAAAAGUUCCAUUUACAAAAGAUUAUACCAAUGAGUUAUCCACAAGAUAGAUUCAACCUUGAAAAGAAUGAUUUACAGGUCGUUUAAGAUCUUAUUGCUAAAUGCGUAUUGAAUUCCCAAUAAACAAGAGACUUGGGUCAAGGGGAAGAGUUCACAAAACUAAUUGAGUUUAUGUAUUCCAUAAAGUAGAAAUAUAAAAUCUCAGAAUGCAAUUUGCAGGAAGAAUGUAGAUAGAAUACCCAGAGAUUAUCUGUUGCAAUCAAAAAAUUAUUAUUGCCAUGA